AUGGUGUGCUUCCACGACCACUCGCCUACAGAGCAAACAGCUCAAGACGCCGUUGACGCGAUCACAACGGCCCUACAUGUCAUCGCUACCGAGCGCGAUGCCCUCACCAACCUCGAGUCCAUCUACCGCAACGACCCACUCGCCCAGAAGAGCAUCCAGCGCGCCGUCGCCGAGCUGGUGCAGACCAUCAAGCGAGGUGGAAAGCUGGUGAUAUGCGGUGUUGGAAAAAGCGGCAAGAUCGGCCACAAGCUCGAAGCUACCAUGAACAGUGUCGGCAUACACAGUGUCUUUCUGCAUCCGACGGAGGCGCUGCAUGGGGAUUUGGGGAUGAUCAGACCGAUCGAUACGCUUCUCUUGAUAUCUUUCUCUGGCCGCACCGCUGAGCUGCUCCUCAUGCUCCCUCAUAUCCCACGCACGGUGCCAGUCAUCGCCAUCACCUCGCACACACACCCAUCUAGCUGCCCACUGCUGUCAUACAACACCUCCGACAUGGGCAUCCUCCUCCCAGCGCCCCUGCACAUUGAUGAAGAAACCUCCUUCGGCCUCUCCGCUCCCACAAGCUCAACAACAGUUGCCCUAGCCCUCGGCGACGCCCUUGCCCUGGCUGCCGCUCGCAAUCUGCACACUUUACCGGGCCAAGGCCCAGCAGAAGUCUUCAAAGGCUUCCACCCCGGCGGUGCCAUCGGUGCUGCCACCGCCGCUUCCUCCGCCAUCUCAACCCCCAAAUCCUCCCUAUCCUCCUCCUCCUCAUCCUCAUCUCCCUCGUGUCCAUGUACAUCCGCCACCUCUCCCAGCCUCUCCUCGCUCGACGGGCCCACGAAACUCACCCUCGAUGAACCUGCUCCAAAAGAAAUAGCACCAAUAACCAUCUCCGACUUUCUUGUGCCCCUCGACACAAUCCCCAUCGCACAAGCCUCCUCUGCCCCGCAAAUCCGUAUCCUCGAUGUCCUCCUAACCGCUAUCCAAAACCCAGCCGCGAAGUCGUGGGUCCGUCUAUCCUCCACCGAAAUCAUCCCGCCGUACCGCGUCCGCUCAAUAACCACAGCUAAUCACACCUCCACUUCCUCAAUCAUCAACGUCGACACCCCACUCUCGGCUCUCCCCGAACAAGUCGCGGUCAGCGACGAACAUUGGCUCCCCGUGCGAGCCUCCAGCACGAUCGACGAUGUGCGGGUGUGGGUGGAGGAAGCAAUCGCGAAAUCUGCCUUAGUAUCUCCUUUGCCUGUUGUUAUUAGUGUCGUUGACGAUAUCGAGGAGGAUAAAGUUCUUGGCUUUGUGGCGGCGGAUGAUAUUGUUCCUUUUUAA